GCCGUCUCCAUCCGGAGGAACCUAAUAUUCUCUUUUGCUCAUGUCGCUCAGCAAGAGAUCGCCUAUUAUCUAUCCCUUGGAAUCAUCUCCACGCUCGUUCGCAGCCUUAAUCGACCGACCGGUCACGGCCCACCAUAAUCCAUGAUGGGAGACACCAGUCCGAACAAAUCAGCAAGUCCGAAUUGGUCGGAUUCAUCAUCGGGGUCCUCCCUCGAACCAACUAUUCACUCGCCGGUCCCCGCGCGGCAACAGCUGCCGAGCCGGAAGAGCAGCGGCACCGUAAUUGAGCCCCGCGACUCGUCUGCCGUCGGUCCCAUUGAGCUGCAGGUCGGGCCGGAUGACGCGGGCUCCAUGAGCCCGAGGAGAACGAGCGAGGAUAUCCAGACACUCAGCAAGGAGGCGCGAGAAGAACUGCAAAGGCAUGCCAAAGCAUUGCAAGAAUCCCUCAUCAACCUCUUUAACCGGAUUGAGGCGGUCAAGGAGGAACACGACAAGCUCGACAGCCACAACAAGUUCCUGCAAAAGUACAUCGGCGACCUGAUGUCGACGAGCAGGAUCACAUCGUCCAGCAGCCGAAAUAAGAAGUGAACUACCGAGUCUCGUCGAGCUAGCUUCUUGGGGGAGAGGAUGAUGGGUCAGCGAUCGAGCCUGGGCUAGGGAAACGUUGCCGGCCCGGCCAGCCCGAGUCAACGGCAGACACCGUCAGGGUCACGCCGCCGUGCCGUGCAGAAGAAUUCCUUUCCGGCGAC